AGCUUACCUUAUCUGAAUGCUAAAUGUAGGGCUCCAUUAUGAAUAGGGCCCAAACAUUACGGCCAAGGGUUCAAGGGAAUGUGCGAGGGGAGUGCAGGCCGAGUGCCGAUACAUCGUACUACGAUCCGACACUCUACUGUCGGCCGCUCGCGGGGCGGCUGUGCGACUGCGCUCCGAGCUUUCGAACUUUGUAAACAAACGAACUUUGUGACGCUCGACCGCUUCGAACAUUCGAACUUUUAAAAACUGUGGUGAAAGUGAACUGAAAUGGAUUUGUCUUGUGGCGAGAACAUGGAGAAUUCCGGCAACCAGAAUCGCAAUGGGAGGCAGGACAUGUGCGUAGCAGGGCCUGACCGCGCGCUGGACCGCGAUCCAAGGGUUCUGAUGAACCUGAUGGCGCUGGAGAGGACUCACGCACUCCACACGGACUACUUCCAGAACGUCCAGAUGGAUAUCCAGCCUUUCAUGAGGAAGGUUGUCACUACCUGGAUGUUGGAGGUGUGCGAGGAGCAGCAAUGUGAGGAGCAGGUGUUUCCUCUGGCGGUGAGCUACAUGGACCGGUUCUUGGCGCAGCGAGCUAUAUCGCGGCAGCAGCUUCAACUACUGGCGGUGACGGCUUUGCUGCUGGCUUCUAAGUUCCGUCAGUGCCACCCGCUGUCUGUGGACCUGCUGUGCGCUUACACCGACAACUCUGUGUACCCCCAUGAAGUUAGGCAAUGGGAAGUGAUGCUCCUUCAGCGGCUUAACUGGCAACUGUCAAUCGCAACCGCUUUCGACUUCGUGGAGCCCUUCUUGGCGCGAGUGCCCUGGGGCCGCACCAAUCGCCUCGUCCGCGCUCACGCCCUCACGCUCACCUCAAUCUGCUAUACAGAGACUGAAUUUCUCCUGGUGCCGCCGUCUUUGGUCGCAGUGGCUUGCAUCUCAGCCGCAGCUCGGGGGUUGCGCGUGCGCAUGUCCAUUAACGAUCUCUGCGCGUUGACUCGGACGCCCGCCGCCGCCGCGGAGCUGGUUGCCCGCCACGUGGAGCGUGUGCUGGCGAGAGAGACGCAGCCGCAGGAGCCGCGCGCCAGGCAUGUUCAGCCCCAUAAACAGUCCACCCCUGAACACACACAACUACCUGACACCCCCACUGACGUUCAAGAUAUACAUUUCUAAUCAACAUCCUUUGAUAUCCAAUCAGACUCAGAUGGCUCCGGGCUUUAGGCACUUUUACUUUGAUGCUCCUGGAUUGAAACGGGGCCUAUAACAAUUUUGGGCUCAAGAAAUCAUUUAGCUAGCGCGAUGACCUUGAGAGAUAUGCCCAUCAUUGUAAUGAUAACUUGAUUUCAAUGAUCCAGUUGUGGGACGCCUGAAAGGCUUUUUGCUCUACGGUCAUGGGUAGAAUCCGAGCUCCCGGUCGUAAAGAAACACACGUGUCUUAUUUAUUAGGUACAAUUUUUUUCCUUGCACAAAGAUCCGCCUAAGCAAACAGAGUCAAUCGAUCUCACUGGUAUUGUACGUAAAACUGUGGAUUGUGAAGAAAUUCAUUGUUGCUGCUAUCUUUUUUUGGUCGCACACCUGGGUACGAGAAAAGAAACGGAGGAUAUAUCUAAAAAAUGUUAGGUAGGUGGCUAUAGAAUACAUGUCGUUGGAAUAUGUUCACUAAUAUUGUGUAGAUGAAUUGUUCAUUGAUCUCAAAUUAUUAUUUAUGUAAAAAUAAUGGUCUAGUAUAGAGUUAUGUUUAUUUAUUAAGAGUUGUUAAAACACUGUAUCAUAGUUUGAAGAUGUUUUAGAUUAAUUUGAUCUCUCGUAAUUCCAAAUCGUUAGGUAAGACUGAAUGCUCACGAAAUAAAUUAAAUGUUCAUUCCAAAAAUUUUAUUAAUGUAUGAAAUCUGAAGGUUUUUAUCACCGCUCAUUCAUUAUACAUCAUGGCAUCGUAUUUAACGCAUUUCUGGUUUCCAAAAAAAUGCCAAUUACUGUGUAUAUUGUAUUUAAAAUCCUUUGAGUGUUUUGCGUGUAAUUAAUUUGUAAGAUCUCAAUGUAGUAAAUUUUGAUGUUCAAUUUUUCUGGUUCCAAAUGAACGUGUUGAUGUAUGUUAUAUUUAUUUAGGUGUAUGUUAAGUUUUAGUAAAUUCUAGUCAGAUGUUUUACACAUUCCUGUUUUCGACCAAACUUUGAUGUUAUUAAGAUAAUUAUAUGUAAUAGCUAAGUUUAGUGGUCUAUUCUAUUAUUUGGACUUUCCAAUCGAUAAAUUGAUUGAUGUGUUAAAUUUAAAAGUUAUGAAAAAACGUUUACCCUGAUGAAAUAACAUGAUUGAUUGCAGAGUUCAAAUAAAUAUAACAUAGAUAUAGAUAGUUUGUGUUGCUAGUUUAAAGUACUACAAAAUACUCAUUACUUUAACAUCACGCGGUAUUUAUUGUAAA